GAAGGCAGCGGAGGGUAUAUAUGAGGGUGCUGCAGCAGGGGUCAGCACCACUUGAGGAGUUCCACAUUUGAGGUUAACAUGUCGAAGGCUGUGUUCGCCGUGCUUUGCCUGUGUGUGUUGGUGGCCGCAGCUAUCCCAUGCCUGACCAAAGCCGGGGACGCGGGGGCGGCCAUACCGCCUACGGGAGCUAUGGCGGCCAGUCCUACGGCGGGGGCCGUCCCGGAGGCAGUUACGGAGGCUACGGCAGCGGUUAUGGAAGUCAAGGCAGCGGGUACGGCAGCGGUUAUGGCAGUCAAGGCAGUGGGUACGGCAGCGGUUAUGGCAGUCGAGGCAGCGGGUACGGCAGCGGUUAUGGCAGUCAAGAUAGCGGGUACGGCAGCGGUUACGGCAGUCAAGGCAGCGGGUACGGCAGCGGUUAUGGAAGUCAAGGCAGCGGGUACGGCAGCGGUUAUGGAAGUCAAGGCAGCGGGUACGGCAGCGGUUAUGGAAGUCAAGGCAGCGGCUCCGGAAGCUAUGGCGGUUAUAGAGGAAGUGGCGGGUCCGGUGGUUAUGGCCGUGGAUACUACGGGUACUGAGGUUUAAGUGUACACAAACCGGAUUAAAGAGAAUAUGUAUAUAAUACGCUAAUAAAUCUUGUGAACUA